GGCAAAUAAUAAGGCUGCCAUAUAUAGUCUGCUGGUGCACUGUGCUUAAUUAAUGGUGAACUUCGGGGCCCCAGGUUACAUACUCUGCAAAGGGAAAGAGGGGGAGGUUUUCAAAAGGGACCCAGCAGAAAAUAUUUGCCUCCAAGCCACCUGGAUGAGGAAAUGCUAAUAUCACAUGUAAACACACUUUUAGCCAGGAAGGACACAUCUUUACCCACCAGGCAUGCUGUUUAUCUGUGCAAUGCAACACUGCCAUCUAUGGAUAAGAGUUAUAGUCCGCUCACUGUUUAUCUGCAUCACGUUGCUGCCUGUGUGCGUCCAGACCAUAGACGCUGCCGCCUGGACGCGCCUGUCAUCUGGAGGAAACUCCUCCCCGCAGACAGCGCGUCCUGUCGCCUCUCCAGCGCAAUGGUCUCCUGGAUCAUCUCUAGACUUGUGGUACUUGUCUUUGGUACACUGUAUCCUGCAUACUCAUCUUAUAAAGCUGUGAAGUCAAAAGAUGUGAAAGAAUAUGUGAAAUGGAUGAUGUACUGGAUAAUAUUUGCCCUAUUCACCUCUGUGGAAGUAUUUACAGAUAUGUUUCUCUGUUGGCUUCCUUUCUACUAUGAACUGAAGAUAGCCUUUGUGGUGUGGCUGCUGUCCCCUUACACUAAAGGCUCCAGUGUGCUAUACAGGAAGUUUGUUCAUCCAACGCUUUCCUCAAAAGAAAAGGACAUUGAUGACUAUAUUGGCCAAGCGAAGGACAAAAGCUAUGACACACUGGUGCAUUUUGGGAGAAAAGGGCUGAAUGUUGCAGCCACAGCUGCAGUCAUGGCUGCAACAAAGAGCCAAGGGGUCCUGUCAGACAGACUGAGGAGUUUCAGCAUGCAGGAUCUGUCUUCCUGUCAAUCUGAACCCGUUAACACUGGCCCUGGCACUACGCAGCCUGCAGCAGCACAGCAUCGGACCAGAACUAUGAUGCGCAGCAAGUCUGAGAGCUACAACAAGGGACAGGACUUUGACAUGAAUGAGUAUGAAAUGUUGGGGUUGGACCAAUGGGACUCCAAGGGGUUGCUGUCCCAGACCAUUUCAUCUUCUGAAUCUGAGUCCACACCCAUUACGCCCUCACUGACACCCCAGUCCUCCCCACCUCCCACACCCUCUCCACCUCCUACUCCUCCAGUUCCAGAGCAGCCUGAGGAGGUGGGGAAACGGGUGCAGGCAGCAUCAAGCUCUCCACAGCUCAGGCUGAUUAAGAGGAAGGCUCCUGAGCCUCCUCUUAGAGUCUUAAGGCCUUUCACAAGAUCCAGGAGUGCUCUUUCUUCAAACAAUGAAGCCAUGUGAAACUGUCCUAAAGACUACUCCAGCUGCCUUUGCUGCAAGAAGUGAAAAUACUGAAUGGCCAAAAGUUACAUGACUGAAGCAGCCUUGCUUUGGAAUAAGGUAUUACCAAAGUGACCUAUAAUGACCCCUCUAUCUAUCUAUAUACAUAUAUAUGUGUGUGUAUAUAUAUAUAUAUAUAUAUAUAUAUAUAUAUAUAUAUAUAGCUUGUGGCUCAUGAUUUAAAAAAAGAGGUUUGAGACAUUGAGAUAGAACAAAUGAAUGAAUGGGCUCCAUGCUGAUAGACAUUUUGAGUUUGUGGGUUAUUGAAUAUGUAUUUAUGUACAGUUUGUGAGUACUUCAUCUCUUUGAUUUGAUUGUUUUUAUAUAUCAGGUUAGGCAAUUGCAUGUGUGUCUUCCCAGUCAUUAGUCCGCUGUUUAUUAAACAGAAUGUACUGUCACUAAAUACUACAGCUGGCAUUGAGAGUAACAUGGUCACUGUUAGAGACGAUGUGUUAAAAGCCAAGGAUCAAAAGAAAACGCAUGUCUCUUUUUACCCUCAUUCAAUCUGUUGUGGAGAAACAUCUGAUCUCUGAAUCUGAUUAAUUAUCACAUCAAGGUAUUGACAAAUCAGUCACCCAAAAACAUAUUCUGAGAUAAGAAAACCUACCUUUGUAGUAAUGAAAAGUCAGACAGCAGUGGCAGAUGAUAUUCUGUUAUUUACCUCUCUAUUAAAGCCUUAAAGAAAGACAUAGCAGACACAUAUAAAUAUAAAAUGUCUCCACACAUGAUAUAUUUCUAAUACAACUAUGUUCUCAUUAAACAAUCAUUUGCACUAUGUUUAGAAUAUACAAGUACUGCCCUUGAUACUCUGAAAUGGCCAAAAAUCACAUACAACAAUAAUCAUAAUAAAUUAGUACAAGGAUAUUGUCACCAAUAACUUUAUCAUUAUUGCUUAUUAUUUCUGUGGUUAAGAAAUAGUUACUUGUGUAACAAAUAAUAGAUCACACAUAAAUGAAGUCACUACUACAAGAGGUUUUCUCAGUGGAGCAGACUGUUUAUGACAAUCUACUGUUCAGUUAGUACGCAUGUUUUGUCAUUUAAUUGACAAUUUAUUUGGCUAUUAAAGGCCAAUUAGGAAUAUGUCACUUCCAGCUGUAGCAGAAAUAGGAUAUGAGUAAAUAUUUAUUGUAUAUAAACAUGGUUCUUCUUCCAUGUUUGAAAUCACUGUGUAACGCUCUGCUGUUAACGACACUCACAGAUCUUCUACCUGCUUCUUUUAUUUUUUAGGAAUUCAUUAGAGUGACUUUAUUGGUUUACAAACUUACAUUCAACUUAAUAUUGCGUGGUGAUACACUGUAUGUUUUCAUCCUGUGCUUUAUUCACUGAGCCUGAAUUAUAGCAACAUUUUACACAAAGUUUCACAGUGUCAGUUGUUGAUGGGUGGACUGCGCAGUAGAUUUAUAAUUUUCAUCAUUGUAUCUGUAUCAUUUACAGUGAUUUGAAGUUUGAAUCAAAAGCUUCUCAGGUACAACUGUUCUGUUUACACGUCAUUCACUCUGAUGUUGUAGAUACACUUGUUAUGCACAUGAAAUGUCCUCUUUAUGGAUAAAUGGUGAAAAAAUCAGAUUGUGUUUCAGUGUUAGUAUCAGUGUUAGUGUUGAAGGUGAUUUCCUUCUAUUAAACUUCAUGCAAAGUAAAACGGAGAAAAAAACAUGUUGCUCAGUACCAGAUUUGUAUCCUUGUGCGCAGACUGAAACUCAUCAUUGCAUGAUCAUUUCUUUGAAAAUUGAUUUUGUGUGAAGCUGUUGGCCUCUUCAGACACAUUGCUGGUAAACAAUUAAUUUUGUCAUUUUUGGUUGCUUUGUAGAAAGAAUAGGACAUGUUAUGACUAUACAUACAUACAUACAUACAUGUUGGCUAUACAUAUAUAUGAAUAACAUGUCUUAUUUACUGAUCAAUUAGCCACUGAUUUUAUUCAUGAAGAGACACCACUUUACUAAGUUAGCCUAAGAAAUUUUGUUCUGGCAGGCCAGAAUGUCAAAUUACUUAAAUUUCAACUUGAUUGUGAAGUAAAAAACAAAAAGCAGCGAAGUGAUGAUAUGGUGGUUUAUGGCCAUCAAUUUAUUGUUCUACUAGGUUAAAUAUUUCUGUUUUAAAUCGAUUUACAGUCAUUAAAUAUGAAGCAAAACUC